AAGAGUCAAAAUAAAAACGGGUGAUCACACAUCCGUAGCAACUAGCGUAGUACACACGAAGAGGUAAAAUGGCGCCAUCGAUGGACUUGCUUUCCUGCAGCAUUAUUGAAAAAGACUGCAACGGAGACGUUCUCUGGACAUGGAAUUACCCUAGCAUUACGGAACAGCAAAAAUCUAUUGUCCUUAGAAAAUGUUCCCUUCAAUCUGAACACAAUGAUAUUCUUCCAUUCAUUUACUCAAGAUAUGCCACAAACUCUUGGUUUUAUGUUCAUUGUACCGAUGUUUCAGAGUCCGACAAUCUGCCAAGGGUAAAGCAGCUCGCACUUAUUUUGUUUGCAAAAGAUUUCAACCCGCAAAAAUAUGAAGCAUUAUGCAGAGUUCUGAGUAAAACUUACUGCAAGACUGGAACUCCGACAGAGUUGCUGCAGCUAUAUUUAUCGGUGUUUACUAAAGGUUCUUGCGUUACUCAUGAAAACGGGACAUUUCUUUGUAAUGAAUUCAAUGGACGGAGGGUUGCCGGAAACACAAAUGUGAGAGGCUUGAUAAAAGCCUUUGAAUUGAAGACCAUUCUUAUUUAUACUGCAAUACUGUUGAAAAAGAGAAUCAUUGUAUAUCAUCACAGCCUAGAACAGUUACUCAGGUGGAUACGAACCUUCCCCGCUCUUAUGAAGCAUAGAAAUAUCACCAACAAUUUAUUCCCAUGGGUCGAUCUUGUCAGAGAUGAAGUUCUAGAUCUAAAGGGUCAUUCAUCAUACAUUGCAGGAUGUAGAGACAGUCUGGUUGCUUCUCGAUCAGAGUUGUAUGAUCUUCUUGUUAAUUUACCCGCCAGAGAGAUCACUGUUGCAUCUCAAGCCAAAGAAAGUCUAACGAUGACUAAAGCGCACAAAGAGAUAGCGUUGUUUAUGGUUCAACUUGGCGAAAACCAAUCCCUUACAGAAGCACAAAUAAUAUCAGAGAUCUCAGACAAAACUCAGGAUCUCUUGAACCAACUAAAGUCUUUGGCAACAGUGACCACCCCAGAAGGACGAAAAAUGGUGUCGAUCGAGACGUUUAAAGAAAAAAAUUUGGCCCCUGCGGUAGAGAAUUUUUUGAUAAAUCUGGCAAUCGCGGAGAACCUUAUAAUGCUGUGAUGUUUUACCUGUGGAGUAUUCUUCCUGCAUCUUGUUCAUCAGUUAUGAUUUGGUUACCAUUUGAGUGCGGUGGACGUCGUUCUCCAGUCAGUCAAGGUGAGUGGUAAUAAUGUCAUUACAUUCUGUACUCAGUGAGUGCAUUGAGGUUGCGAUUCGAAGUGCUUAAUGUUAUGCCAUCUGGUUGAUAACAUGAAUUGCCAUAGUUCGUGGCUGUUUACUUUUUCUUAUUAAGAAUUAUUCAACCGUCCUGGGGCACGUUUAUGAAAAAAAUGUACAUAACUUGGAAAUUGUCAAGUGAGAUUUAUUACACCUGUAAUGAGAACAUUUUGAUAUCUCACAAAGAUAAAUAACUACUCUAAGUGCUCUCGUUCUUUUUUUACAAUUUAUAAUUUUAACGACCUUUCGGUUGCUAAAAUCAUACAUUUAAAUAUACAGUAUAUUACAAUGUCUAUAUAUGAAUAAAAUCACAUGCUAUAUCAUAAAUAAU